AUGGAGAAGUUUUCCCAAUUCCGGGACAGAGGUUCCGGCAUCUCCCCCUUCAUGCCGAUAUCAACACCCUCGGGCAGUUUCCUUUGGGUGCUUGCCCAUACCGGCAUAUUCCUUGUCCGCCUGCCUUUCUUCAUCGCCUACAUGGUAGUGUACUUUACCAUUCUGCACUACCUCCCCUUCCCGUCCGGCGUCCGCAAGAUCCUCCUCUGGAUUACCAUGGGCAUACCGGGGAUAUGGUGGGUGGACCUCCAGCUCGACGGCGUCAAGCGCGGCAAGGUCUCGCAGCAGAGCGACAAGCUCCCCAAGGCGCCCUGCGUGAUUGCGGCCAACUUCACCUCUCCGAUCGAUGCCCUCUACCUCGCCGCCGUCUUCAACCCCGUCUUCACCAUCUCGUACCCGAGCUCCCGCAAGGUCCGCCACGUCGGCCUGCCGCGCAUGUUCCUGCAUGCCCUGGGCCGCAGCCAGUUGACGCAGAAGCCCGACCCCCGCUCGCUGACCGACGUCGCCGAGCUGCUGCGAAAGUACCCCGGUCGCAUCGUCGUCGUCUUCCCCGAGUGCGGCACCACCAACGGCAGGGGGAUCCUGCCUCUCGCCCCGAGCCUGGCCUCCGUUCCAGCAGACACGGGGAUCUACCCAGUCAGCAUCCGGUACACCGCGCCCGACAUCACCACCCCGGUCCCCGGGCUCUGGGGCUCGUUCCUGUGGAAGCUGCUCAGUCGCCCCAGGCAUUGCAUUCGCGUGCGAAUCGCAGAGGUACAGCACAAUGGAGCCGCCGCGGUGAUGAAUGGAUCGUCUUCAAACGAUGGAACCGCAGAUGCCGGCCCGAACGACCUCACACCCGAGGAGCAUCAGACACUCGACAAGGUCGCCGAGGCCUUGGCGCGGCUGGGUCGGAACAAGAGGGUCGGGUUGACAGUGCAGGACAAAGCUGCGUUUGUUCAGCUGUGGAAAAAGUCGAAAGGAAACACAAUGGAAGGACAAACCAUCAUCGGCAACCCCUCGUCCACCUUCUGGCUCUUUGACGGAACUACCUACGACCUCACCCACCCAGACUCCCCCACAAACCCGUGCCCCUCACCUUCCACUUCCCUCCGCCUCCCGACAGCAACGGCCCCAAUCCUCAUCUCCCCGUCCAAAACCGCGCUCGUGAUAGUCGACAUGCAAAACUUCUUCCUCUCCCCGGCGCUGGGCCGCCCCGCCGCCCCAGACAGCCCAGGCAACCUCGCCGUGCGCAACCUGCUCGACCACGCCAUCCCCUCCGCCCGGCGCGCCGGCAUCCAGAUCCUCUAUCUGAACUGGGGCCUCACGGACGGCGACCUGGCCGCACUGCCCCCGGUGCUCUUCCGCGCUUUUGGCACGAGACGGGCCGACGACAGCAGCAGCGGCGGCGGCGGCGGCGAGGUCCUCUCCCCGCCCGGUCUUGGCGACGACAUGGGCGCCAUCACGCUCCCUGACCGCAGCACCGUGUCCGCGGGGAGGAAGCUGAUGCGGGCGCAGUGGAACACGGCGCUGCACCCGCCGCUGCAGGCCUCGUACGACGAGUCGCAGGCCGGGCCGCUGCCGGACAGGCUGUUCCACAAGAACAGGAUCUCGGGGUUCCAGUGCGGGCCGUACGGGACGGCCGCGCCGCCCAUCUACGAGUUUCUGAGGGAGGAGGGGAUCAAGACGCUGCUGCUUGCCGGCGUCAACACGGAUCAGUGCGUGCUGGGGUCGCUGCAGGAUGCGUGCAAUGCCGGGUUCGACACGGUGCUGCUCAAAGACUGCGUGGGCACUACCAGCCCGGACUUUGCGAGGCUGAUGGUCGAGUUCAACUGUCGGAAGACGUGGGGGUUCGUGGCCGAGGGGAAAGCGUUGACGGGUGCGGUUGAUGAGAUGCUGCGGGCGGGACGGGCGGGAUGA